AUCUGCGGUAAUGUUUCUGGGUUGCAGCUAUCCCAGCAACUUUACAAGCUCUUGCUAUGGAGUUCUGUGCUGAGAGCCCCCAGUGGCUAUACAAGUGUGGAAGAACAAUUGAAGCAGAGAUGCAAUUCGAAAAGCUUCUAGGCCCCCUUCAUGUAAAAUCAGCCAUGGCAGAACUUUCUAGAUCUGAAAGAGACGAUGGAGAAAGUGUGAAGUACUCAGAAUUGUUCAAUGGUCGCCACUUCAAUGUUGUUUUUAUUGGAUCGGUGCUCUUUGCUUUACAACAGUUAUCUGGCAUCAAUUCUGUGUUCUAUUUCUCCUCAAUUGUGUUCAGAGGUGUAGGGGUGCCUUCUAACUUUGCCAACAUUUGCAUGGGGAUUUCGAAUCUAUCAAGCUCAAUUAUAGCAAUGGUUCUAAUGGACAAGCUGGGUAGAAAAAUGCUUCUUUCAGGGAGUUUCCUUGGGAUGGUAAGCAACCACCAUAAAUGGAACUUCAAGUGA